CAACUCUAAAAGAGUGCACUUUUUAAGUGAACCGGAGCAGACUUGGUUCUUAGCACAGUAUCAGUUUUCCCCAAAAGUUCCAUUAUAUUGUUCAGAAAUGUAAAUGAAUAUAUUUGAGGAUGACGUUUGCGCACCUGUAGCCUAUGACUGACUCCCGGGGAGAUCCUUGGAGGAGAAGGAAGCCGCUGGAGUGAAGUUAAACAAAGUUGCACGUCACACUUGGUGAUGCCAGGAUGUUGGAGGCGACGUCACUCAAAGCGUGUCACCAUGGAAACACCAGAGUUGGUCCCCGAGGAAGUGAUGAAGAUGAGGAAGAGAGACAAUCAUGUGUCAUUGACAUGAACUCCCAAACCCGUGUUGGUCUGCACCUGCAGUCUUCAGAGUCCUGCUUCCCAGAGAGAAACUCCCAAGUACAUGAUGAUUUGAAGGAUGUCUCUAACGAUUGGUCGUCCAUUGGAGACUUAAGCCAAGAUGUUUCAUUCUCCCAUGACGGUUGUUCUCAGUUGGAGAGGAGGUGGAUGCUAUGGUAUGAUUUCAUGAAAGAACAUUCCUGCUUGGAUGACUGGCUUCGAGCAGCUGAGAAAAUAGCAGUGUCUCCUAACUCCAGUCAUGUGCUGUAUGUUGCUGCAAAAGAGGAGUUACAGAAGUAUGAGAGUCUUCGUGCAGAAGCCAGAAUCCGUUUGACACAACUGGACAGCCUGAGCCAGAAGAGCCGAACUUUGGUUGGUCUGUUUAGAGGUGCUAUGUGUACACGAUUGGUGGAAAUGACCAAAGACUGCAGCCAGCGAUGGGACCAGCUCAGCUAUACAGUGGACACUGUUUGUCGGAGGUUAAAGCACUUUGUGUGCCAGCGGGAGGAUUUCGAGAGGCAGAGGGAAGAGAUGGCUGUGUGGCUGACUGACAUGGACCUCCGGUUGACUGAAGUGGAGCACUUCUCAGGCAAAGAUACCUGCUCGAAGAUGCACCAGCUUCAGGGAUUCCAGGAGGCAGUUGCGGAGAGUGCAGGCCGACUGAACGAUUUGCUCCAGCAUGGGGAAGAGCUGAUCCAACGAAGUGAGCCAGCGGAUGCCCAGGCCAUCGAGAACCAGCUGCAGGAACUUCUGCUCCACUGUACUCGAGUGUUUCAGGGCCUGGGCCGGCUGCACACACGUCUGCUGAGCAUGAGACUGGUUUUUGAGGAAGACUGGGCCCUGUGCGCUCCUGACUCCGGCUGUCCCUCUGAAAGUAUGCUGGAGGAUGAGUGUUUUGCUGAUCGCUCUGUGGCAUCUCAGUCUCAGGCCGGCCUUCCUUAUUCCAGCCAAGAUCACUUGGUUCUGGAGUGGGAUCCUUCGGUGGACAUUGGUGGUUCUCAUGACGACACCGACUCCUCCUCUUUCAGUGCAGCUGCAGGUGUAUCUUGCAUAGAUGAAGCAGCCAGAUAUCCCCUGAGGAGGAGAAUCUACAUGACACCUGUGGACUCGCAACCAGACAACAGUCCUGUUAGAGUAAAGCAUGCAGGCACGGAGAAGAGCUUCGAGCAUGCAGCCCCACCCCAGACCCCAGUGCCAGUCAUCAGAGCUUCUAAGCCCCAUCAUGCCAGCCCAUUUAAAACAUCCACACCUGAAACUAGGUCUUCUGAGCCAGUGAACUUUGACCCCGAGCGCAUCAGUGCCUGGCUGGGCCAGACGCAUCAACUUUGUUCUAAAGCUGUUCAGACAGACCAUACUCCACAGGAGUGCUCCAGUUUUCCAUCUCCGGGAAAAAAGGAGGGAGCCAAGUAUCAGGAGAACAUGCUCCCCCAGAGGCACCCCCGCCCACUGCAAACCCGGCACACGUGUUCCUGCCCCCGCCCGUCCGCGUCAUGUGACAUCCAGCAUCAUUCAUACAGACGUCACUCAGAAGACCCACAGAGGCUGCAGGAGAGACUUUGUUUCUCUGACUCAUCGGAGGACAACAGCUGCACAAAGCCGAGUUGUGACGCGUGUAGACUGAAGGCCCCUGCUGGCAGAUCAUGGCAUCGUGGCCCCUGGCCGUUGGGGCCCCUGAGGCUUUUUGAAGUGCGGAAGGCCUCGGCAUCAAUGUUUGUCAUCCUGUUUGCCCUCCUGCUUGCUGUGGUGGUCUGGCCCCUCGUUUCACUUAACAACAACCCGUGCCAUCGUUCCAAUACUCUAACCCGCUCAUUUCAACUGGCCCUACAUUACAAAGGACCCCCUCCCACCUGAUGAUGCAAACUGCGGGACUGUAGCCUAACAGCAAAGAGCUUAGAAGAGCCGAGAGAAUCCAGUGGGCUUGAUUUAUCAGGGUUACUAUUAAGUAUUUCUCACCAGGAGAUGGGGUGGGGCAGUGUUGCAUAAGGAUUACACAAGGGAAUUCUUAUAGGCCUUAUAUAGUUGGAACUCAUCAGAGGCCACACAUUUAAACCCUAUGAAGUGCACUUAAGUCUACUCUGGUGAUGAAACUUUUCACAAUUUCAGAGAGAAUAGCAACACAUUAAAGACGUAUGAUGACUGGAGAUAUCAAUGUUUAAAAAUGCCUUGUCAAAGAUGUUUACUUGAAAUUUUUAUUGUUUUGUGCAUAAAUCAGGCUAACUGACGUUUUGAAAAUUGUUGAGCUUAUUAUUUAUAGAUUUGUUAAAGAAACCAAUAAAAUAAUAAUUUAAACCGCA